AUGGCUUCGAUUGUAGCCCAGUGUCACUACAUCUUCGGUUUGCGGACAGGAGUAAUAAAUAAUAUUUGCUACUUCGAUGAGCAGACUGUCAUCUUCCCAUGCGGAAACAACUGUGUACGCUACAACAUUGACCAGAGAUGUCAGAGGUUCAUUCCAGGCACAGAGAAAAGUCAGGGCAUGCAGGCCCUGGCCAUCAGCGCCAACCGCCGCUACCUGGCCGUGUCAGAGCGUGGUGAGAAGGGCACCAUCACCGUGUACGACCUGCAGCACGAGCAGAGCCGGAAGAGAAAGGUGCUCAGUGGGGGAGAGGUCCCCGUGCUGGAAUUUGUCUCCAUGGCCUUCUCCCCCGACUCCAAGUACCUGAUAGGGCAGGCAGGAGCCCCCGACUGGACCCUGUUCUACUGGAUGUGGGAGAAGCAGAAGGUCAUGGCCUCAGUGAAGACGACAGGGUCCACCAACCCCAUCAACCAGGUCAGCUUUAACCCGCAGGACAACACCCAGAUCUGCGUGAGCGGCAAUGGGGUCUUCAAGCUCUUCCGCUAUGCUGAGGGCGCCCUGAAGCAGUCCAACUUCCUUAAGCUGGAGUCCCAGAACUUCCUGUCGCACACCUGGAUGUCCGAGGAGCGUGUCAUAGCGGGGACAGAGGCGGGCAGGCUGCUGGUGUUCGAGUCAGGUGACCUGCGCUGGGAGAUGAGCGUCACCACCAAGCCUGCCACGCAGGAGGCAGACAGGUCAGACAGGAUGACCGAUCAAUCAAUCAAACAUUUUCCCAUUGCGAGUGUACCCAUGAGUUUACUAAGGAGAAAGCCAGAGGAGGCCAAGUCAGAGGGGGCAGCCCCAGCCCGUAUGCCCAGGGUCACAGCCAUCACGUCCUACUCUAAGGGCUUUGCCUGCUCCGCCGGCCCAGGGACCGUGUGUCUGUUUGAGAAGACAGAGGAGAAGGACAACUACAGAAAGACUAGGGAGAUCAGGAUCCCUGCAGACCCGUGCAGCAACGAGCCGAGUCAUGCGGAGCAGCAGGAGAUGGUCACGCUGUGUAUCAGCCCGUCAGAAGAGACCCUGGUCACCAGUACAGACCGUGGUCAGCUCUACAGCAUCACCCUGUCCUCUGCUGAGAUGAGCAAGGGGGAGCAAGCCCACUUUGAGUUCCUGUCCCACUCGUUUCACUCCAACAUCAUCACAGGUCUGUCCAUCUGCAUCCGCAAGCCCCUCAUCGCCACAUGCUCCCUGGACCACUCUGUACGCAUCUGGAACUUUGAGACCAAUGUGCUGGAGCUGCAUAAGGAGUUCCAGGAAGAGGCCUUCAGCGUGGCCCUGCACCCUUCUGGUCUCUUCAUCCUGGUGGGCUUCUCCGACAAGCUGCGCCUCAUGAACCUGCUCAUCGACGAUGUUAGGACCUUCAAGGAGUUCACUGUCAGGGGCUGCAGAGAGUGUGUUUUCAGCCAUGGGGGACACAUGUUCGCUGCUGUCAACGGAAACCUCAUCCACAUCUACUCCUCCACUACAUUUGACAACCUCUUAAAUCUGAAGGGCCACAAUGGAAAGGUGCGGGCCAUCGUGUGGAGCACGGACGACAGUCGCCUGGUGUCGUGCGGGAUGGACGGGGCCGUGUACGAGUGGAACACGCUGAACAGCAAACGCGAGUCGGAGAGCGUUCUGAAGUCCUGCAGCUACACUGGCGUCACCAUCUCGCCCGAUGCCAAGACUAUCUUCGCUGUGGGGACAGACUGUACCCUUAAGGAGAUCCAAGACUGUCAGAUCCUUAGGGAGGUGGCAGCGGACGACGUGGCCUACACCACCAUCGCUAUGUCCCGCUCGGGACGGAUGCUCUUCGCAGGGACCUCCAUCGGGACCGUCAGGGCCAUCAAGUACCCUCUAUCCACACAGAAAGACUGGAUUGAGUACCAGGCCCACUCAGGGGCUGUCACCAAGAUGGUGAUCACGUUCGACGACCAGUAUCUGCUGACGGUGUCUGAGGACGGCUGUCUGCUCAUCUGGAAGAUCAUAGACAAGGAGGGCCGCGGCCUGAAGAGAGACAAGGACAUCACCUACGCUGAGGAGAUCCUCAUCACCAAGUCAGACCUAGAGGAGAAGAACCAGAUCAUGAUGGAGCUGAAGACCCGUGUGGAGGAGCUGAAGAUGGAGAAUGAGUACCAGCUGCGUCUGAAGGACAUGAACUACAACGAGAAAAUCAAGGACCUCUCAGAGAAGUUUGUCCAAGAGAUCGAGUCCCUCAAGACCAAAAACCAGGUCCUGAAAACGGAGAAAGAGAAGCAGGAAAUGUCCCACCAGGAGGUCAUGAGGGAGGUCGUGGAGAAACACUCCAGAGAGCAGCAGGAUUUCGAGUCGACCAGUAACCAGAAGCUGAUGCUGGAGUACGAGAAGUACCAGGAGCUGCAGCUCAAGUCGCAGCUCAUGCAGGAGGGCUACGAGCGGCAGCUGCAGGCCAUGGAGGACAGCAAGGGCCGCGCCCUGGAGGAGCUCACCCUCUUCUACGAAGCCAAGCUCCAGGAGAAGAUACUCAUGCUGGGCCAGUGUCAGGACGAGUCCAGGCAGCAGGUGAGGGAGUUUGAGGAGUCCAAGAAGCAGAUGGAGGAGGACGGAGACCGGGAGAUCCAGGACAUCCGCAUCAAGUACGAGAGGAAACUACGGGUAGAGAAAGAGAUCAACCUGCGCCUGAAGGGAGAGACGGGCGUCAUGAGGAAAAAGUUCAGCAGCCUGCAGAAGGAUAUAGACGACCGCAACGUGGAGAUUGAGAAGCUGAGGGUGGAGCAGCAGAAGCUACGAGGGGUCAUCAAGUCCCUGGAGAAGGACAUCCUGGGCCUGAAGAAAGAGAUCCAGGAGAGGGACGAGACCAUCCAGGAUAAGGAGAAGAGAAUCUACGACCUGAAGAGGAAGAACCAGGAGCUGGAGAAGUUCAAGUUUGUCCUGGACUACAAGAUCAAGGAACUGAAGAAACAGAUCGAGCCCAGAGAGAACGACAUCAAGGAGAUGAAGGAGCAGAUUCAAGAGAUGGAGGGCGAGCUGGACCAGGUCCACAAGAGGAACACUCAGCUGGAGCUGAACAUCACUGAGCUGAGACUCAAACUGAAAGCCACCGAUAAGGAGAUGCACAAGGAGACGCAGAGGGUGAGGGACGUGGAGGCCCUGGUACGCAGGUUCAAGACAGACCUCCAUAACUGUGUAGGCUUCAUCCAGGAGCCUAAGAGGUUAAAGGAUAAUAUCAGAGAGCUCUAUGACCACUACGUCCAGCAGAGUGAUGUGGUGGACAUAGUGGGUGUGGACGCAGACAUCCAGAGGGAGUACAGUCGUCAGAGGGAACACCUGGAGAGGAAUGUGGCGUCUCUGAAGAGGAAGCUGGCCAAAGACACAGAGGUCCACCGGACAGACAACGUCAAGAUCAUGAAGGAGAACGUGUCUCUGAUAAAGGAGAUCAAUGAUCUGAGGCGGGAACUGCGUCUGGUGAGGACUCAGGUCCACGACUAUAAGAGCCAAAUGGGCAUCAGCAAAAAGAAACUGAGCUCCUCAGACCUCACUGCGCUGACCUCUGUGGAGGGGAGGGGUUUGGUGGCGAGGCUGAAUUUCGAGGAGGAAGCGGAGCGUAUCAUCCAGCUGCAGCGCGUGGAGAUCCAGAGGCUGAAGAUGCAGAUGCAGGGCCAGGUCCACUCCCUAAGACCCCCCUCUAGCAGCACCAAGCUGCCCGUACUCACCACUUGA